GUUCACCCAACCCCUUGAAAUAUAUAUGCUCUUGGGUUGCUGCAGCUUGCUGAACGUCGCUCAAUCGGUCGCAUGCUCGCCAGAUGACCUUCUUUCGCACCAGAACAGUGCCAUCUGUGCUGGCUCAGGUGCUGAUUUCAUGAUGUCUACUGGCUUGGAGGGAGGCGCGGUCGUACUAUAUCACCGAAUUCCUCUCGAUUGGUAUGCAGGAGCAUAUAUUGUUGUUCCCAUUCAGAGGGAAAACGCAGAAACCCUUAGAGUGAUCCGAAGUUACUAGAUUAGGUAUGGAGAAGCUAUAUGCCGGAGGACUAUGAUAAUUGGGUGAUACGAACGCAACAACAAUGGUAUUGUUCCCUGUAGCAUCGCCCUCGGUAUGAGAUAUUUGAAUGUCCUAGACAGAUGGCACAUGAGCAUCUGCAUGGAACGUCAGCAUCGACGUGAAAAUUGAACUUGAGC